CUCCGUAGUUUGGUCAUUAAAACACCUGCUGUUGGAGCAGGACACAUUGGAACAGUAAAAUCACCCUCAGAAACGGAAUGAUCACAGAUUGGAACAGGAAAAUCCAAUGUAGGUGUAUCUCAGAAACAAACUUGCCACUACAAAAAACAUAUUCAGAAAGAAACGAGCAGCCUCGUAAUGUUGAACAGCGGCAAACGUCGAUUUGCUUCACGGACGCAGAUGCCGCGCAGUUUACGCAAAGACGCCAUCCACCCAGCAUGCUCCUCGUCACCGGCUCUCCUCCAAUGGAAAAGUUCAGACGCACGCGGGUGACGCGCCUCUUCUCUCGUGCUAGGUUAUGGGACAAUGCGGUUCUGAUCCAGGUGGGCAGGCUAUGCGGAGAUUCUGAAAUAUCCUUACGUUCCCUCUCACAGCUCAUGUCCUGUCCUUCAUAGACCUUCCUUCUGUCUGGGACACAGUCAGUAGACUGUCAUGGAUACCGCUGUCCUGGUCCUGCUUCUGUUGUCAUCCUCAAUAUCCCACACUGUGGCAAUUUUGUUUGGUGAGCCCAAAAUCUUCGGAGAUGACGCUACUGGCUAUGGUCCAGUCUUUGAAGAGGAGCCUCUGGACAUCGUAUACACCAAAGAGUCCCCUGACAAACGCAUCUCUAUGAACUGUAGAGCGCGGGGCAACCCUGCUCCAACGUAUAGGUGGAGGCGUGACAACUGGGAGAUCAAGCUGCUGGAGCUGCCUACUGACCACUACAGCCUGGUGGGCGGGAACCUCAUCAUCAACAACCCUGACGAGAAGAAACACGCCGGGACGUACGUCUGCGUCGCCAAAAACAUCUACGGCACCGUCAUCAGCAAGGAGGCCAAGGUCAAGUUUGGAUUCUUGGAGGAGUUCCCAGAUGAAGAAAGGGACCCAGUUACUGUGAAACAGGGCCAGGGGGCUGUGCUGAUCUGUGACCCUCCGAAGCGUUGGCCAUAUGAGGUAACCUUCCAGUGGAUCUUCAACGAGUUUCCGCGCUUCCUUCACCCAGAUAAGCGCCGCUUCGUCUCUCAGAGCACUGGGAAUCUGUACAUCUCCAAGGUGGAGGAGUCUGAUGCGGGGAACUACUCCUGCUAUGUGUUCAACCCACAGAUCGGCAAGGGGGUCUACUCCAAGUUCAUCUCCCUGAUCCCCAUAGAGGAGUUACCAGAGAGGAAGUACAAGUCGGAUCUUGUGGUGAAGUUCCCCGACACCACAGCCAUGCUCAACUACAAUGUCACGCUGGAGUGCUUCGCUCUGGGCAACCCCGCCCCUCACAUCGUGUGGCGGAAGAUUGGUGCCACCGACCUUCCUGCUAGCGCGGAGGUCAGCAUGGGCGGGGCCCUGCUCCACCUCUACAACGUCCAGUACGAGGACGCUUCGGGCUACGAGUGUGAGGCCAUCAACCAGAAGUGGCAGGACUGGCAUCAGGCGUGGCUGUAUGUAGAGGCUGCUCCUGAGUGGGCUGUGACCAUCAACAAUACCCAGAAGGAUGUUGGUUCUGAACAUACCAUGUCCUGUGUGGCCAAUGGGAAACCCACCCCCUACAUCCGAUGGCUCAAGGACGGCUUCUCGUAUGGCAAAGGUGAGCUGAAGUUCUCCAGUCUGACGUUCGACGACUCCGGGAUGUACCAGUGUAUCGCUGAGAACUACUGGGGCAUCAUCUACGCCAGCGCCGAGCUACGUGUCAUUGCUUGUGCCCCGACGUUUGAGUUCAACCCGGUGAAGAAGUACCUUCUGGGAGCUAACAACGGCCGUGUGGUUAUAGAGUGCAAGCCCCGAGCCGCGCCCAGACCCAAAUUCACCUGGACCAAAGGAAAGGAGGUGCUCUUUAACAACUCACGCAUAUCCAUAAUGUUUGAUGGGAGUUUGGAGAUCCUGAAUGCUACGAGGAAUGAUGAGGGGCUCUACACCUGCUUCGCCGAGAAUGACAAAGGCAAGGCCAACAGCUCAGGGAUUCUCACCAUCACAGAGGCAACCCAGAUCACCGUGGCCCCUGAGGACACAGUAGCGAUGGUUGGAGACGAGGUGCGUCUGCAGUGUCAGGCGUCCUACGACCCCAGCCUGGACGUGACCUUCAUCUGGUCCCUGGACUUCAGGGUCAUCGACCUCUACCUGGAGUGGAAGCAUUACCAGCGCGUCAUGGACCAGGAGAAUAGCGGAGAGCUGAAAAUCAUGAACGUCCAGAUUGCACAUGAGGGACGCUACACCUGCACAGCCCAGACUGUCGUGGACAAUGUCACCGCGUCAGCAGACCUCAAGGUCAAAGGCCGCCCCGGUCCUCCAGGUGGGGUGAGGGUGGAGGAGAUCAGGGACACAUCCGUGAAACUGGUGUGGAACCGAGGGGCGGACCAUGGCAACCCCGUCCUCGGCUACACCAUCCAGACCAGGGAUUUCUACGCCCUGACUAAGGACGACUGGAGAGUGGCCUCCACCUCCCCCACGGCGCUGAAUGGCAUGGCAGUGAUGGCCGACGUGGUGGACCUGUACCCCUGGAUGCAGUAUGAGUUCCGGGUCUAUGCCACUAACGAGUUUGGAGACGGGGAGGCCAGCGUCCCCUCGAUCAAGAUCAAAACCUGGGACGCAGUGCCUGUGGUGGCCCCAACCAACGUGGGAGGAUACGGGGGCAAGGACGGGGAACUUGUCGUGACAUGGACGCCAGUGAAGCCGCAGUUCUUCUACGGUAAGAAGUUUGGCUACGUUGUGGCCUUCAAGCCUCACGACGGGUCCGACUGGUGGUACGAGACCAUCUCCGACCCUGAGACGCGACGCUACGUACACCGAGAUUCCUCUUUUGGGGUCACGUCGGACGACUUCCAGGUCAGGGAGUUCCAGGUCAAAGUAAAGACGUUUAACAUCAAAGGAGACGGGCCCUACAGCCUGACCACCACCGUCUACUACCCUCGAGAUGUCCCCUCAGAGUCUCCUACAGACGUUUAUGCCCGGCCAGUGUCAUCCCAUGAGGCCCUGGUUUGGUGGCUGCCGGUGAUGGACACCGGUACUGGCCUUCAGCAGUACAUAGAUGGAUACCAGGUUAAAUACUGGAGGAAGUACGAUGACACAGAACCGGGGGCCAAUCGGAUUUUUGUGCCGGCCACGGCGAACCAGACCAGGCUUGAGAACAUGCGUCCAGACUCCCACUACCUGAUAGAGGUCAGAGCGUAUAACGGGGCUGGCGUUGGCCCACCCAGCGAACACUGCGAGAUGUUCACCAAGAGAGCCCCUCCCAGUGUGGCACCUCGGAUGUGGCGUUAUAUCAGCUGGACGGGCAAGUGGCUCUAUGUCUGGUGGGAUCACAUCCCCUACAACUGGUUUGGCAACGAGUCUUUCCCAUUAUACUACAAGGUGAUGUUCAGGAAGACUGGCUACAUCACAGGGCCAAUCUACAUGACAGGGUGGCACUUCAUGGACUUCCCAAUGCCCCAGGUGGGGGACUAUGAGCUGGAGGUCAGAGGUCGCUAUGAGGGAGGAGACGGCCCCAUCAGGAAGAUCCGACUUCAGGGUAAGGCGUCUUUCCUGAGGCCGACUCUCAACUUGGCCGCCGUCCUGCUCCUGGCCCUUUGCAUUAUGGGAUUGGAGACAUAAUGACCCAGGCCGUGACUUGGGUGAAAUGUACUCUGGGAGGUUUGGCCGACACAACUUUCACAAGGACUUCCUAUAUGACCGCAUGAACCAACCAUAUUUCCUCACCGCGGGUCUGAUUCAGAGUUCAGAUAAGUUGACGUGGGCGUGGAGCCUAGACAACAUGGAGCCUAGACGACAUGGAGCCUAGAUGACAUGGAGCCUAGACAACAUGGAGCCUAGACGACAUAUUACAUGUGCCCCAUUCAAAAUGGUCUGACCGAAACAUGUCUUGCGCCAAGUUAACUCAAGUCUGAAUCAGGCCCUUAGUUAUUGAACAUGCACUGAAAGUACCGAACGGGUAUUCAAAGGAAUAGAUUUUUCAAUAUGCCUUAGGAAUCAUAUUGUACUCUCUUUCCAAUACAUGGUACCAUCAGACAGGAAAGUAUACGACACCAUCUGACUCUAAUGAACCAUUGUACUCUAUGAAGUUUGUAACAUGUAAGAAAAUGGUCAAAAUAAGAUUGUAUGUAGACAGGAUGCCGACUACUCUAACCUCUUUGUCCUUACGGACCUCAUCACGGAUGUUUCUCUUUCCGCAAUGUUUGUUAGUCCAAAAUCAGGCACUAGACUAGCAGUCUGCAUUCUUUAUGUUUGAUUGAUCAGUGAUUCCUUUUUACGUUUCUGUAAUGGUGCUGUCGGUGUGAAAACUGUAGAUAUCUUGUUUACGUUACAAAUUUCCUAUUUAAUUUUUCUCUUCAGAAUUGUAUAAGCACUCAGAAAGCUCAUGAAUAUCGCUAUAACCAACUCUACAGUGAUAACCAACUUUCAAUGCUAGUCCUUCUAACGCUGUACCAUAUCACAUGCUAAAUGGCUUCAUAUUUACAGAGAUCUGUUUUCUAGAUGCGCAAAGUAAGCCAUAACGCUUCGACAAUGUCCUGACUGAAUUUUAGGACUGACGAACACAGAAUGUUUUAACUGAAUGGUAACGAGAAAUCAGGGUUGUAGAAUAUUGAUGUCUGGCUGUUCAUUCUGUUUUCUAUUGUCCAUUUGUUUUGCUGUGUGUGUGACUAUGGUGCUGCCAACUCAUUAAAUUCAUAUUAACACA